GGGCCCGAUCUGGAUUAUCCUCGGUCUUUUGCUGCUUCCGCUUUGUACCUGUCGAUGGCUCUCCCAAGAUCAGCCAACUCAUCGUUCAUUUCAAACUCGAUCUCGUGAUCAGUCAAGAAGUGGCUGAGGUGUUCCAGCACGUGCUGGCGAAAAACAAUCGGGUCGUCCGAGCCAAAACAACAUAAACGACACUCAGCGACAGGGAGCUUGAUGUUAUUUCCACUUCUCCCCCUAUCAGCUCGACACCGUUUAUUAUCAAGUGAUAUUGUCAUGUGCUUUUGUGCUUCUGCAAGACUAGUAAUCGUACUUCCACACAUAGUGCAUUGAUUCGAAAUACAGCAGGCACGCGCAAGCACCAGUGCACCAUGCUCACCCCCUCGGGUAUGUACGAAAUGCGAUGCGAGCUGGGCCUUCGUCGGGAAGGUCGCGGGGCACAAGCCGAGAGUCGAGUACGCAGGCUAGAGUACCAGUCGGCGGCGCAGUUGUUCCUGCCCAAAACGCACAAGAUCGUGGAGACAGGAACCUCAGCUUACCAGCGCUAUCUUCAGACAAUGAAAGAAGAGGGCAAGGAUCACAAACGAGGUUCUCCCGAGCUUCAGACCUUUUCCGCAGUUCUGCCAGAUUUAGAUCACUUUCUGAACGAGGGCUCUUGCCCGCCCGAGCUCAAGAAAUUCAUAGGUCUUGGACAGAGACUGAAGAGCAUGAUGGAGCACUGGUCGGAGAUCGAGGCCUCGGAGUGGAUUCGCGACUUCUCGUUCAGCCCCCACAUUCGACAGCUCGACUCUUCGGCUCACGAUAUCGGUCAAGGGCGUCGUCCUCGUAGGAAAGAACGUGCAGCAGGCGGAGGAGUUGAGCAAACAGCAGCAGUAGGCAUGGGGAGGGAUACCGACCGACGAAUCGUACGAUUCGUUCCUCCAGAGAACCCCUCUUGAGUACCCA